CCCAGCCAAGAAAGCCUUCCACUUCACAAGAGAUCUGAGCGAAGGAAAAGAAAGAACGCCACGAGCCCUUGGAAAAAACCUAAUUUGUCUGCCCUUGUUCUUCGAAUCGUAUCGCGUCAAGGAGGGAUUGUGAGGAGGUUUUGAUCUCUUCGGUUUGUGAGAAUUCGAUUGGUGGCAGUUUGGAAGGGGGAUUGAAGAAGAGAUGGUGGCAGGAACGGAGGUUAUUCAUCAGAGCAUCCCGGUGCUGGACGUGCAGUACGGGUGUAUCACCAAGGGAAUCGAUGAGAUAGUCGACAUCUCUGCCGCGACGGCGGUGGCGUUGGCGGUGGUGUCGCCGUCCUCCUCGCCGGAGUGUUGCCAGGUGGCGGGGGGGCCAGAUGCGGUGGCGGUGGAUGUCGCAGCCUCCGAGCUGGAUUUGAGGACUUCAGAUGCCAUUCCAAAUGUGUCUGUGGAACCUCUUCAGUUUGUCCCAAGUAUUCGUUCUGGUAGCUUUGCCGACAUUGGGCCUCGAAGGUACAUGGAGGAUGAGCACAUCCGCAUUGAUGAUCUUUCAGCACAUCUGGGAUCUUUGCUUAGGUGCCCUAUACCUAGCGCCUUCUAUGGGGUGUUUGAUGGUCAUGGAGGUCCGGAUGCAGCAGCCUACAUCAAAAGGCAUGCAAUUAGGUUCAUGUUUGAAGAUACUGAGUUCCCACAAGCAUCAGAACCUGAUAAGGUUUUCCUGGACUCGGUAGAGAAUUCUAUUCGAAAGGCAUUCCUCCUUGCAGACCUUGCUUUGGCUGAUGACUGCACCAUCAGCAGUUCCUCUGGGACUACUGCACUGACAGCAUUGGUGUUCGGAAGGCUUCUCUUGGUUGCCAAUGCUGGUGAUUGCCGAGCUGUCCUAUGUCGGAAGGGCAAAGCAGUGGAGAUGUCUCAAGACCAUAGACCACACUAUGCUGCUGAGCGUCAAAGGGUUGAAGAAUCUGGAGGCUUCAUUGAUGAUGGAUAUCUCAAUGGAGUCCUCUCAGUCACCAGAGCCUUGGGGGACUGGGACGUGAAGAUGCCCCGAGGCUCUCCCUCACCCCUCAUCUCGGAACCUGAGUUUACACAGGCUAUGUUGACGGAGGAUGAUGAGUUUCUAAUCAUUGGCUGUGAUGGAAUAUGGGAUGUGAUGUCAAACGAGCAUGCAGUCGGCAUCGUGCGCAGGGGCUUACGGCGGCAUGAUGAUCCCGAGCGAUGUGCAAGGGAGCUCGUCAUGGAAGCCCUGAGGCUCAACACAUUUGACAACCUCACAGUGAUCGUUGUCUGCUUCUCUCCUGAGGACAGGAGCUCUCCACCAUCACCUCGCUCUCAGGACCUACAGCAGCAGCCGCCGAGGUUGAGGUGCUGCAAGAGCCUGUCGGCAGAGGCCCUCUGUAAUCUGAGAAGCUGGCUGGACAAUGAUGGAGGUGGCAACUGAGAGCAAAAGGAGGGGAGGGAGGUUUAUGUAUACAAGUAGAGAUGAUGAUGAUGAAAAAUCAUUAACUUAACUUUUUUUUUUGCUUUGUGGCUGCUGCUUUAGGGGAGGUCACAGAGCGGCCAGCAGUUUUGUAGGGGUUUUUGUUAUAUUGUCCUUGGUGGGGAUGGCUGUCGGCUAUGUACAUAAUUUUAGGGUUGGAUGAGUCGGAAUUGGUGUAUAAUUACGAUAUCAUUGUUUCGUGCUGAUUUAUUAGUUGCAUAUGACUAAAAUGGCUAUCACAAA